AUGAAGUAUCGAGCAGAUUAUAGUAAAUCUCCUUUAUUGUUUGUGGAUAUUCUUGAAGUUGAUGACAGUGACCUACAAAAAAAAAUGCCAUCAAUUUAUUUGAAAGGAAUCUUCUCAACAAAUUUUAAGAAAGAGAUAAAAUAUCGUCUUUACAAACGAUACUAUGAUAUUAAUCUUGAUAGAGUUUUAGAUACGCUUACUACAAUGGAUGAAAGGAACGAACAUGAAUCAGUAUUUAUGAAUCUUUUAAAAGAUCCAAAUGAGUGGGCACUAACUGGAGAAGGUUCUGGUAAAACACAUUUCCUUUCGCUGUUUACCACAUGGUACUUAAGUGAAUAUAAGUGUAAGUUGACAAAGAAUUAUAUAGUCGGUGUAACUACUGUAACGGCUUUUACUAGGGCUGCUAUCAAAAAUUUACUGGAUAGAAUUUCAACUAAUCACUUUAAUGGAAUAAAAAAAUGUAGAGCAUGGAGUUUAUGGAAUAAAAUUGGAAUUAAUGAUAAACCAACUGUGAUUGGAAGUACAGUUUGUGAUUGGUUUAAAGUAAGAAAGAGUUGGAAUUCUGGUUGGGUCGGAUGUGAUAUAAUGAUAAUCGACGAAGGUUCUCAGUUAUUGGUAUCAGAUGCUAGCAUUGCAAUUGAAUGUUUGAAUCCAAAAACAGGAAAGUUAAUUGUUGUCAGAGAUCAUAUGCAAUUUGGACCAAUUCUUCAAGCCACUUAUCCUACAUUUUCACUCAAUCAUUUUCUCAUAUUUGGGUCAAUCCUACAAUGUUUAAUGCGUAAAGAGAAUGGUAACGUUAUUCAUGAGGAAAAUUUAAUCUUACGAGAAGAGCAAAAACAUAAUUUUGGACCUCUUACGGCACAACUUAAAGAAAAUUGGAAAAUGAAUGAAAAAUCGAAUAGUUUUUUUCAAAUGAUAUAUGGUAAAGAUUAUAAAAUUUCACCGCUAAAAGAAACAAAAUUAUUGCCAUCAUUAUUAUUUGAAGAUCCAGAUUCACGAAUUAAAAGAAUUUUAUCACCAGACUCAGCAAUUAUACUAGUAAAACUUAUGGCUAGAAACAAGGGACUAAGAAAUAAUCCAAGAACAUUAGAAGAUAAAUUUUUACAAACUGAAGUCGAAGUUGUGGAAAAAAUUUAUAUUUCUAUAAAUAAUGUAGAAGAAACCAAGAAGCAAUCAUUACUUGUACUUAAAAGAUAUCCAAAUAUUAAUUUACAAAUAAUUGAUACAACAGAAAAAAUGCAAGGAAAAGAAACAGAUAUUGUUAUAACAUGUUUUGGAUUUUAUAAUUUGGAUAAAACAUCCAAAAAAGAAUUUGUGUUUAAAAUAAAUAGAUGGAAUGUAGCAACAAGUAGAGCAAGAUCUAAAGUAAUUAUUAUUACAACUGAUAAAAUGCUUGACCCUGAAGAUAUAGAAAUAUCCACCAAUAAGAAAAUGAGAGAAGGACGUGCAUUUCUUAAUAUGAUUGAAAACUGGGUACAAAAUAAUGAUAAUAAUAUCGGAGAGAAAAUAAAGAGAGAGAAUAUUGGCAUUAUUAAAUGGACAAUUAGUGGUGAUGAAAAAAAACAAAGAAAUGAUUAAAUUUUUUUAAUUUU